CAAAUAUCCACGAAUGAAAUAGCAUUAGUAACCCUCCAAGUUGUACUGUAGUGAAUAGAUCGCCCGAAAAUGUUCAAUUGUGAAUAUUUAUAUCGGUGAAAGUGUAUAAUCAGGCUGGCUCUAGUCAUAUCCCCCAGGCAUGAAUGGCCGGUUUUGUCGCCAUGUGGCAUUGUUGAAGCCCAAUAAACCAAGUGUAUAUCGCCACGGGAAAGAGCCUCAUCUCUUAUACAGGGGAAAUCUUUGAGGAGCAGUGUGAUAUUUAUGAGAUGUAUCGUCGAUUAAUACACUAGGUGCCUGCGAGGGUGUUUCACCUCCCCUUUCAGAUCUUCAGAGCAUCCUCAAUAUGUCGACCACAAUCCCUUACCACCCAGGCAAGUUUUGUCUGUUUAUUUCAUUGCUACUUCUUACCCUUAAAUAUGGAUGGGUGGAAUUCACGAUCAUCUUGAUUUUCUUGGCGUGUUAUUUCAUAUGGAACGGUCUAUCAGUUCCACCAUCCCGCCCGCCCAAUGGUGAUGACAAGAUGACAACCAACUCGAUUACUUUUCUACACGCUUCUGAGAGCCCUUUCGACACCAGCUUGAGUCAUGGACGUUCAUUCGACAGGGACAUAUAUACGGCAAAGCAGAUUGCAGAUUUUGUCUUGUCCAUUUCACAACUGACGGACGAUGACAUCGAGAACGCUCAGAAUCUUGCCAGAAACCAUGGAAUCUUAGAUAAUUGGGAAGUUCCAAGCUAUGUCCCGAGCUACGACGAAAUUUAUUCGUUUGGCUGUGUUAUUGCCAUCGCACAUUUCUACAAUGAACUCUCCAACCAUAAUUUCCGCAAUGAAGACAUCCCCAAGAUCUACGAAAAGUGUGUUCGCGCCAUCAACUCUCUCACCCAUUUCCUCCAAACACCGCAUGAUAAAAGUGCUCGACUUCCAAGUCCGGUGAAGCUAUCAAUGCGCGAGCGAUGGAAGCUGGACCGCACUUGGGACAUCUCCGUAUGCCUCUUGGGCGCUAUCAAGGCUCGAUGUGGCUUCCAACGACGGACCCAUCUCGGCAGCAUACCGAUUGUGCAUAAUAUCCACUACCGUAAGGCUGCGAGGCUGGCAUUUGACGAGAAUAAAAGAUUUGGGAAAGGUCGAAUUUGUCAGAAGACUCUGGGACUUCUCACCCGAGAGGAUAUCGAACCUUUCGUCCAACCCAUGUGUUUGGUUAAGAAACUCCAAUAUAAGCAGGAUAUCAAUGAUCCUGACAGUAAUCAUUUUAAACAUUCUGGUUGCACACCGGAGUCCUGUACGUUCGAUGUCGAGCCCCCCAAUGGGGAUUACCAUAUUCCGGGUUGCCCUGGUUGUGGGAAGUCAAAGCCCCAAAACGAGGCAUCUGCCAACUUGCGGUUUCGAGAGAUCGCGAAUAAUGGUAUGCCGGCGGUGAGCAUCUCUGAUCCGUCGAACUACUGGGUAGCGGCCGACCACGAUACUCUAGUUGUUUCUCACGUAUGGAGGGACGGCAUAUGGGGAACAAAAGAGGACGGGAUAAAUAAGUGCGUCCACGAUCAGCUUGUUCGAAUUGCUCAAGACAAUGGCUGUACAAGCUACUGGAUAGACUGCGCUAUAAUUCCAGGUGAAGACCAAGCGACGCGGGAAAGAAUGAUCAUGAUGAUCAAUUGGACCUUCACGAACGCAAGGCUAGUUCUGUGUUGGGAUAGAAAUAUUGCCAGUUUGGGUUCAGAUACCGAAACAAUACUAUUGUCGUUAAUCGUCUCCUCUUGGCAUCGGCGGGCAUGGACCCUUCUUGAAGGCAACAGGGGUCAGCAAAAAAGAAUAACGUUCCUCAGAUGGGUGGACACAAGCAAGCCAACAUAUGAGCUCUUCCGUCUGAGCGACGUACUUAAUGCUGUCUUCCGCAAGCCAAAUAUCCGACUAUGGAUCCUUUCAGCACUGGUUGAGCUUCUUCCAUAUAGCGACAUGCCUCUGUCGGUCGAUGCAGCAGGGCUACUCCUAUCCGGACGUCACGCUAGUCGUCAAGGCGACUCUGAAGUCAUCUGGGGCUUACUCCGACCUAUUGAAGCCAGAAAUGGAGCUGAUGACUUCAGUUACAAGGAUCCGUACAUAUAUGCAAAUAAGAAGGUUGACGUCGCAUUCAUCAGCUCCAACGCAGAAAGGUUCAAGAUUCGGGGAACGCCGUCCUGGAGGCCUGGUAAAACCAACGCUACUACCUGGGUCCGGACAGCGUACGGUGGCAUCAAAGCUGACAUCGUCGACGGGAAUUACGGGAAGAAGUACCUGCACGGAAAAUGGUGGAUGAAGACGGAUGUGAAUAUCAAAAAACGACAUGUAGACUGGGCGGAAAGCUCAAUAUUCGAGCGGAACGAAAUAGGAACCAAUCCCAAUGACUGCGCGUUCAUCUGCCCUAUUUUGAUGGGGGAUCCACGGAGUGAUACCAGCGGGGGACAUUCAGCAGAGCCGAUAGAGGGAUUUUUCCGAACUAGCGUUGUUAUGGAGUGUAAACGAGCGAUCUUUAUUACGCGGGGGGAGGACGAUGUUUGGCUAUGGCGAGGUAUGGUGAAGUUUGAGAAUGGACACUCUUUAUUCUUUACUACAGGUGAAGCCAAGGAGAUCACGAUCGGUGGUCCCAUACCAGAUUGAAUACCUAAGGUAUGACGAUCUAGGAAGAGAAAUGGGUGAGUACCUAGGUGUGAUGUAUUUUGGAUUUCUUUCUUUUUCUUUUUCUUUUUUUCCUAGAAUGGACAUGAGUUAAUUUGCGCCAUACAGGUAGCCUAUUCAUCUCAUAUGUAAUAAGAUCCGUAUGGUAUAAGUGUAAUAAUCCACCAGCCCAGUCAGCUUAGCAGUUAACAGGGUUGAGAACGACUUGGCCAAUCGGACUUGCAUCUCCUGCUCCUCAGAUAUACUACUUAUGCAACUUUACCUUGCUGCCAUUUGUUAGGCGUUUUUUGUAUCACAUAAAAUACAUAAUGAAGGGGUUUAAAUUGUAUCCUAAUUCUCAAUAGUAAUUAUCUAAGCUC